CCCUCCUCCCCCUUUGCCUGAUCAGUCACUGUCGCUACAUACUCUUCACUACUGGCUCCGUGCCUCGAGCCUCCCUCGAGUCACUUCCGAAUCUCCCUCUCGGUCUCCCUCUGGUGCUGAAUUCCCGGCGCCGCCGUCUCUUCAAUGGAAUAUGGGUGUCGAUCAACAUGCUCAAUUGGAUCGCUUCAGUCUCUUCCUCCCCUUCCCCUAUCGCGUGGCGGUGAUACUGCUGGCUGGUUUCUGGGGUUGGGGUGCUAAUCUGCAGUACCUCCUAAAGGCCAAUAUUGAUGUCCCUGCCCUCAUUAAAUACCCUGCCCGACAAUCCUCCAGUCAACGCCCGCAUUAUGCCUCGACAUACCAGCUGGCCACUCUCCUGACCAUCCCGCUCGUCGUCUCCCUCCUUAUCUUCUGGCCCGCCACCCAUGGCUCCGCAGAACGCGUCGAAGCGGUGGAAUUCAUUCCGCAAUCAUACUUCUUCAUAGGACUGUUUAUUCUCAUCCUGCCCUUCUACCGGAUCGCGCGCUCGGGCCGAUAUCGGUUCUUCAUGACCCUGAAGCGCAUCAGUCUUGGAGGUCUGGCGGAAGCACAAGAUGGCAAAUUCGGGGAUAUUCUGCUGGCAGAUGCUCUGACAAGCUAUUCGAGAGUCCUCGCGGACUUGGUUGUUACCUUCUGCAUGUUCUUUACCACGGACGUCUCCAGCACGUCCAAACCUACCCGCAAGUGUCGCACGAACGAUUACGUUGUUCCCUUGAUCAUCGCUUUUCCCAGUAUCAUUCGACUUCGUCAAUGUCUCAUCGAAUACUUGCGUGUGCGUCGGGCUACCCAGCGUAGUCAAGUCGCAGGCAGCCAGGGUGGCCAACACUUGGCUAACGCCCUGAAGUACGCCACCGCGUUCCCGGUCAUCAUCCUGGCAGCCAAAUUAAAGAACUACAACCCUCUAGACUUUUACGGCUACAGUGAGAUGAGCCUUUCACGGCUCUUGUUUUUCUUUACAUUCAUCAACUCCGCAUACUCCUUCUACUGGGAUAUCACCAAGGAUUGGGAUUUGACCCUCUUCUCUUCGGCACGCCACAGCCACGAACACCCAUACGGACUGCGCCGCCAUCGCUACUUCGCCAACCGACAAUACUACCUCGCGAUCAUCAUUGAUCUGGCCAUCCGUUUCUCCUGGCUCUCUAGAUACGUGCCCGGAUUUGUCUGGAUGAGUGAGACCGAGUUUGGAAUUUUCGUACUCAUGUUCUCUGAGAUUGCCCGUCGUUGGAUGUGGGUUUUCCUCCGCGUCGAGGCCGAGUGGAUCCGAAACAGCCGCGGUCCUGCCCCCGACGAUAUUCUCCUUGGCGAGUUCGGCGGCAAAUUGGACGCAGACUGAACUUAUACAACCUUGCCGCAUCUUUCUAGACAAGGCUUCUCUCCCAUUCUCUAUAAACUGACAUGACUUUUCUGUAUCCAACAUUGUAGCCAGCAUUCAUCGUUAUUGUGAUUACGUAUGUAAGAACAUAUUUCUUCCUUCUGCCUUUUAUCUCUUGCCUUCCACCCUUUUCUUGGCUUGGCUUGGUGCGUCUAGAGCCCAUCCGGCCCGUUCACUUUUUUCAAACUUGAUUUGAUUUGGAUUGGCUUGGUUCCGUUCCUCUUACUAUACACUUGUCGGUUCUAUACACCCACACACCUAUAUUUACUUUCCCCUUCUCUUCUUCUUUUUUUUUUUUUUUUCAUUCUUCUACUGGGAGGCGGAGAGGCGUCUGUAUCAUAUUAUAUUGGGCAGGAAGCUAAGGGAAAGGGAGUGUUGC